AUGGCCCAAGUGCUGCCGAGAGACUUGUUGUGGACCUCUUUCUUUGCGGACACCCCCAAUGAUGGCAUUUUUGCAGAUCUGGGGAACUUUGUCAGCCACGUUUGGAAACAUUCAACCAAGUUGGACCCAGAUGAGCUUUCAGGCUUGAGCAUGUGGCAGUGCCGGCCAGCACCGAAGCGAAGGCAUUAUGUGUCUUUCAAGAAGGACAUUGAAGGAAGCGUGGACACGACAAAGUGUUAUUGCCCUGCCAUGGGACAUUGCGUGCCAGGCUUUCAGUGUCCUCUGGGCGAGCAUAUUGACAGAUCGAAAUGCUUCAACACCGUCACAGUCAAGUAUCCGCCGGACACCGAUUACAAGGAUUGCCUCAAGGAGAAGGAAGAAGAUCCUGAAAAGAAGUGCGAGCUGAAGGUGCUAAAAGACAUAAAAGUUGGCACUGGCGGCUGGCGGCACUUUGGGGGUGAAGACCAUCCGAUUGUGAAGAAGGCCAAGGGAGCUGCAGAGUCUGCGGGUGUGAAAGAAGGUUAUGAGUUGGUGGCCAUUGAUGGGAACCAAGCGGAUUGGCGACAAAAAGGAUUCAAGGCGUACGUUAAGAAUUUAAACUGGGACUCACCGCCGCCAGGGCUUCCUGUGGAGUGCGAACCUGGUGACGGCUGCAAAAAGCCCUGUGCACCUCCGCCACCACCUCCAUUGCCUCCAAUACCUCGCCUACCUUUCCAACGCUCCCCGUUCUCUUUCCAGCAGCUGCCGGACGCUGGCCAGGCUCCAGCAAAUUCAGCAUGCUAUCCCAACGGUCACUCCUUCACCUUCAAAGUUACAGCACCUCCAUGGAUGUUUUGGGCGCAGACGAAGACGACGUGCCGUGCCUUUCGCGAGACGUGCUGCGCUGAGGCAUCGACGAGGCAGAAGCCAGAGGACAUUUUUGCAGAAAGCUGUGCCACCAAGGAGGCCCGUACUGGCACAGCUUUGGAAGUUUUGGAAGAUUUAAAGUUGACAUGGACCUGGCAGAUGUGUAAACCACAAGAGACCUGCGACCAGAUGCCCGGCCGCCCUGGCAUUUGCAAAUAUCAGGCGGUGGUUGAAGGGAUUGGUGUGCAGAAGCGUGCAGAGGCCGAGUUUGGUACGCAGGUCCUGGAGCUAAACGGUGACUAUGAUGACAAGCAGGAGAAUGAAGAGAAACAGGAGACAGUGACAGACACCCUGCCCCCAUGCACAGCCCAGGGCAAGUGUUGUCCAUUGACUGCCCUCAUAGACAUCAGUGGCGGCAUGAAAUUGCUGCAUGCAGUUGGGCUCUGGCCAGUGCUUUACAUGACAGCCAACCAGGAGCAGAAGCAGGAGAAAAUGGAGGAGAGGCAGGAGGCUGAAGAUGCAGGCGAAGAGGUGGACGAAGAUGGUGACCAGGGCGAGCAGGAGCAGACGCAGGGGGCGGAGCAAACGGAAGCGGAGGCAGGUCAGCAAGCUCAAGCAGGGAGCUCUGGCAGCAGCUUCCUCUGCCACAGCCUUGGCCCCGCAACCAGUGAGACUACCAGCUACCACGCAAAGAAAGUGAAUGCUGCUCCAGGAACAUUCGGCCAAGUUGCCGCUGUAAAGCAGUUGGCAGUGAGUGCGAGGCAAAGUCCCUUGCUGAGGUGCGCGACGGAAGACCCUGCAGACGAGCUAAGCGCGAGGCAGAAGGGAGGAGCAGACAUGUCAGCGACGAUGGGAAGAUGUUGGGCCUUCUCGCCCUCUCUGACCAGAACGGCGUUUGCUAGCGUGCGCUGGCUUCCACUGGCCUUGCUGCUAUCGCUGCAGGAAGGGGUGGCGGCAAUCGGCACCGGGAUAGCCCCCCAGCGAGUCAGCUCGCUCGCAGGUGAGAUCACACUCUACCUGCCUGCUCCAGCUGAAGCGUUUGAGUGCGAGCUUUUCCGCGACAGUGGUGUCGGGGAUGAGUGUAUCGGGGUGACUGCGAAGUGUCCGUCCGAGUACAAGGUGUUCGACUUGGCCGGUCUGCUAGUGGACCGUAAUUAUCAGUUUCAGGCUCGCGGCAUCAAUGUGGUCACCUCAGUUGCACAGAGGGCCGCUGGGUUGGCAGGCGGCCGCAGUGAGAUUGUCAACUACAUCAGCGCGGGGGUCCCCGAAUGGCAAGGGCUUACGCCGACGCUGGAGAAGGUCGGCGCCGACAACAUCCGGCUUGGCUGGCCCGUGCCGCUGAGCGGUGGCUCACCGAUUCUAGGAUACCACGUUGACAUGGAGGCCAACGGUGAUGGAAGUUGGGAGCGGAUAUACGACGGCACCAACCAGCCGUCCAAGCUCACCUUCACCGCCACGGGCCUCCACGCUUCUCUAACGUAUAAUUUUCGCGUCUAUGCGGAGAACCGCGUAGGAUUUAGCAGUUACACAGAGGCAUCUGUGAGGAUUUCAGACCUCAUGGCUGCCCACGAAGCUAGACCAGAAAGCAUCCCGGUGUCACUCAGCGCCUUGGCCGCUCGCAAGAUGAGUCCUUCUGGGAGAGCUGUGAAGCAAUUAGGCCAGGUUUGCCUGUCGCAGUGGGCAGCCUUUCCAAGGUACACCGCAAGAAUUCGAUCAGUAGAUCCUGUGACGCAGCUGGACGAGUCUGCCAGCUGCUCGGAUGGGCCAAUUUGCUGCAUCCACUCUGUGGAUCAGAGCAGCGGCCUCUAUCGAUUCCCCUACACACUUCGCAAGGCCGGCAAGUACUCUCUUCUGGUGCAAGCCAUUGAGCCGGGUGGUCUGUUGGGACAGUACUGGGACAACCAGUGGCUUUAUGGUAUGCCAGUCGUCACCCGCCAGGACAGCAUGCGCAGAACCUUCCAAAAGGCGCAGGAAUUCUGCGAGGAGGCGCAAAAGUACAUGGACCUUGUUGCCCAAGAGGAAGCCGAAGCGAGAAGGGAAGCGGAGUUGAAGAGGAAGAAGGCAGAGAGGCGUUGGGAGAUGUCGGAGACAGCUGAGUCCAACAUGUUCGACAGCGACGCCUUCCUUGAGGCAAUGCAGCAGAACGAAGCCAGGCUACAGCAGGUCCAUCAGGGCAUCGUUGAUGUGAUGCACAGCCGCGGCAAGCAAGUCCCGGCCGCUGCCCUGACCUGCCUAUGA